AUGCGUAUGUGCCUAUGUUUGAUGUUCCUGCAAGACAUAAGAGAUAACUCGGCGUAUUGUGAACUGGCCUGCAUACCGACAUAUAAAUGUCAGCCUCAGGAAUUCGCUGCGGCUUCACCUACCUUGCCUCCGUACCACCACUCCUUACCCCACACGCACCUUCACCAGCCCACACCUUCUCUCGCUGCUGCGCAGUACCCCAUAGCUAUGUCUCUUACCCUCACCACCUCCGCCUCCACCUUCCCGGUCAACUCUCCUGGUGAGAUCAUCAGUGCCGUUUCUGAAAAAGACAUCCUUCAGGCAACCCUUGUAGGCGACCAAGUUUGCGAUCCGUUCGCAACACCCACCUCCGCCUUCAACUGGGCCGACGACGUCGAGGACGAGUUCUUCUCCGACGACGCAAGCGAGGCCACCCUCGACACCAAUGAAGUCGACGCCCGAUCCUGCUCUUUCGACGUCGACCGGUUCUUCGCUUCCGAUGCCUGUAUGUUUGGACAGUAUGGCCACUACCUGACGACGAUAUUGGAAGAAGACGAGGACGAGGAACAAGCCGACAACGAAGAUGACGAGAACCACGAGGAAGACGACGAGGACGACAACGAAGAACACGAGGAUGAGGACGAGAAAGAAGAGGGCGACCGCUCGGCCGCGACCGACCCGACCAACUCGACCAGCAACCGUAGCCUUCUCCAGCGCAUCUUCCUCGCCAACGAUCGGUCCAAGGUCGCCUCAAGGCCCUCACUCGACGACAUCAAGGAGGAAGAUGAAGAGGACGGCUUAGAGAACGACACUGACGAGGCGGGACCUUCAGUUGACAGCAUUGACCCGGACUCUGAAUCGACGGAUUCCGAUUCGGACACGACCGACUUCGACGCGACCAAUUGGGACGACUUGAACUUCAACCACCACGACGCCCACUUCGAGUUCAUGGCCAACCACUUCGACUCACUCGAAUUCUCGCUUGCUUCGAUCUCGACCGUGGGCGACGAUGAAUGGCAGCGUGCAGCAGGCGAUCCAGACUCUGGCUGGGUCUGGGUCGAAUUCGAGGACGACGAGCAAGAGCGACGACUUUCGGCGUCACUUCCUUCUCGCAAGAUAUGGGGAUUGGACUGGCGGCAGCUCCUGAGGAGAUUGUUCAUCGUCUGA